AAAUAUAUCCUAUCAUAUGUAUUCCGUUCUCUGCUCCAGCUUUCCUUAAUGUCUAGCCGACACACUUCUCCAUUCUCCACCGUCUGGAUCCUCCUAUCUUGCACCACUCCACGUUCUUGAAGCUUUCUCAGUUCUUCACCAUUCUCCACCAUUUGGAUCAUCCUAUACUUGCAUCAGUCCAAGUUCUUGAAGAUGGGGGGACAUAAUAAUGUUACUACCGGAGAAGAUAUGAGAUGGCCUGAAAAAAAUGAGGAUGCUUUUUUGGCAAAUUUAUAUGAGAGAGUCAAAAGGCAUCCAAAUGGAACACCUAGUUUUAAGCAAGUGGAUUGGAAUGAGAUAGAUGAGGAAUUAUUUUCAGCUAUUGGGCAAAAAUAUGGAGCAGAAAGAUUGCAAGGAAAGUACAACCGUCUAAGAUUGAAACAUCGGCAAUUUUCUGACUUGAUAAGUCAUACUGGAGUUACAUAUAGUUCAAGCUCAAAUCAAGUAUAUGCCACAGAAGAAGUUUGGAAAAUGUUCAAGAAGAAGCAUAAGAACUAUAUCACAUUUAAGUCAAAGGGAUGCCGCAAUUAUGAAAUGCUUGGUCAAAUAUUUAAUAAUUCUUCAACCCAUCAUGCAUCUACUCAAUUACCUCUUAAUUCUGAUGGAAAUCACCAAAAUGAGGAACAAUUUUUUAGCCAAGGGGUUCAUGUCAUUGAAGGGGAAAAGUCUUGUGCUGGGAGUUCUAGAGGAAAACGUCCAAUUGAUGACUAUCUAGCUGGCUGCAAUUGUGUUAACAAGGAAACCAAGCUUGAAAAUUUUGAUUUCUGUUUGGAAAUUCUGGCAUCUUCUCUAAGUGCUAGAGCUGAAAGAGAUUUAGCUAAAGCAAAAAAGUAUAAAGAAAUGCCCGAGCAAGCUACAAGGGCUCCAUACUCAAUCGAUGAGUGCAUGGAUGAACUGGAGAAUCUUGAUGAUGUAUCUGAUACUUCUUAUAUCAAAGCUCUUGAAAAGUUUAAAGAUCCGGAUUGGAGAAUAAUGUUUGUGAAAAUGUCUCUUGUUAGAAAGAAGUCUUGGCUCAAGAGCCUAGAAUGAAAGCUGUAAAUGGAGUAGAAAAUUGGAAAAUGGAACAUUUGAGUUAGAGUUAGAACAAUUUCUGUAAUUUUUAUAGAAGCUAGUUUCCAUGGUAUGUGCUCUGUACAUGAUACGUUUUUCCAAUCCAAAUGAGUGAAUGAUAAUAUAUACGGAGCUAUUUAUCAA